AUGUUUUGGUUACGAGUUUGUUCAGAAGGCAUAACUCCUUUGAUUAUUUUGGAUAAUGACACGGUAAAUCAUCAACAAUAUAUCGAUGAAGUACUUUCUGUGGCUCUGAAGUAUGGAAAUAACGUGUUUGGAGAUGAUUUGACUUUCCAGCAAGCCGGUGUCAAGCCUCAUACUCACAAACUCUCUCAAAAAUGGUGCCCCGACCUUUUUCGUGGACUUAUUGACAAAGAUCAUUGGUCACCGAAUUCUCCGUACUUGAACCCUUUAAACUACUCUAUUUGGGACGAAUUUGUUCACGAAGUCAACUGGAACAAAGCUCAGUCAAAACAAAAAAAACGUUAA